UCGUCCCCCCUCUCGCCAGCAUUCUCUGUGUUGUGCUGUGCUAUCUCUCUCUCAAUACCCUCUCCCCCUUCCCUUUCAUUAGGUGAACAUCAUUACCAUCAUGUCCGACCGCGACUCCUCCGACAAUGAGAAGGGCGUCGGCCACCACACGGCCUACCACGACCCUCUCGAGCGUGAAGGCGACUACGACGGCAAACCCACCGAGGAAGAACUCUCUACUCUCCGCCGUAUUCCGGGAAAGAUCCCAAUCAUCGCCUAUCUCAUCUGCAUCGUCGAGUUCUCCGAGCGCGCCUCCUACUACGGUGUUUCCCCGCUGAUUGGCAACUUCGUCAACCGCAAGCUUCCGGUUGGUGGUAAUGGAUAUGGUGCGCCGCCAGCGGGUACGCAGCAGACCGCUGGUGCAUUGGGUCUCGGAACUGUCAGAGCCAAUGCGAUCCAGCAAAGUUUCAACAUGUUGGUGUAUGCUUUGCCCUUGCUGUUCGGAUGGCUGGCCGAUUCGAAGACGGGUCGGUGGAAGUUGAUUUGCUGGGGUGUCGGCGUCUGCGGUGUUGCUCACAUUUUGAUGGUCGGAUCUGGUGCUCCGUCGCUAUUGGCGAGUGGAAAUGCGAAAGGAAUCUAUUUCAUAUCGAUCUACGUUCUGGCCAUUGGCGCUGCCAUGUUCAAGCCCAACGUCUCUCCUCUCCUCCUCGAUCAGAUGACGACAACUGUGCCAAAAGUUGUAACAUCGAAGAAGGGCGAGCGUGUGAUUCAAGACCCCGAAGCCACCACCGAGCGUGUUGUUCUCUGGUUCUACCUGCUCAUCAACAUCGGUGGUUUCAUGGCCGUUCCGACCUCCUACGCCGAGAAGUACGUCGGAUGGUGGCUCGCAUUCCUCCUCCCACUGAUCCUCUACCUUCCUCUCCCGGCUCUCCUCUGGUUCCUCCGCAACAAGCUCGUCCUCCACCCGCCCGGUGGCAGCGAUCUUCCCAACGUCUUCCGAGUCGUUGGGGUUGUUUUCCGCCGCGGAGGCAUUAUGCGCAUCGGACGCCACGGAUUCUGGGAUCUCGCCAAACCCUCUAACAUCGCCGCCGCCGGUCUCACGAUCCCCACGCGCUGGAACGACGAUUUCGUUGAAGACGUCCGCCGCACUUUCCAGGCGACCGGUAUCUUCAGCUUCUUCCCAAUCCAGUACAUCAACGACAACGGUCUUGGUUCCGCCGCGGGUUUCCUCACCACCAUGCUCACGACCAACGGCGUGCCCAACGAUGUCAUCAACAACUUCAACUCUCUCUCCAUCAUUCUUUUCACCCCAAUUCUCAACUUUGGCCUCUACCCUCUCUUGCGAAAGCUUCAUAUCCACUACGGUCCUGUCGCUCGCAUCACCACCGGCCUCUUCAUCUCCACCCUCGGCGGCAUCGGCUACACCGUCAUCAACUACUACGCAUACCAACAAUCACCCUGCGGAAAAUUCGGCUCCAACGACUGCGAAAUCGGCACCGGCGUCGCACCCAUCUCCGUCUGGUGGGUCGGCAUCCCCUUCGCUCUCGGCGGUAUCUCCGAACUCUUCGUCAACGUUCCAGCCUACGGUAUCGCCUACUCCCGCGCGCCCGUCAACAUGCGUGGUCUCGUGUCGGCCAUCAACCUCUUCUCCACGGCCGUCGCCUACGCCAUCGGUCUGGCCUGCAGUUCCAUCGUCCGCGAUCCAUACCUCACCUGGGACUUUGGCGGUCCGGCGAUCGCGGGUGGAAUUCUGACUGUGGUGUUUUACUUCACAUUCAGGCACAUUGACAAGGAGGAGUAUGUGCUCAGUCAGAACAAGGAUUAUCACUUGGAUUUGACGGGCACUGCGGCAGUGGUCGGGGAGAAUGAGUUUAAUAAGAGUCCGAACGAGCCGAAGCCGAUUGCGGAGAAUGAGGAGAUGAUGAUUAGUCCGAAGCAGUAG